AUGAGCAGGGAGCACGGGCAGCCGCCGUCUGGGGCCCGAAAGGGCCGUCGCUCCAGAGACAAGAAGUCCCGGAAGCGGAGCCGGCGCAAGGAAACCUACUCGAUAUACAUCUACAAGGUGCUGAAGCAGGUGCACCCCGACCUCGGCAUCUCUUCCAAGGCCAUGAGCAUCAUGAACUCGUUCGUGAACGACGUGUUCGAGCGGCUGGCCGGCGAGGCCGCCCGGCUGGCCCAGUACUCGGGCCGCACCACACUGACGUCCCGGGAGGUCCAGACGGCCGUGCGCCUGCUGCUGCCUGGCGAGCUGGCCAAGCACGCCGUGUCCGAGGGCACCAAGGCCGUCACCAAGUACACCAGCGCCAAGUGA